GAGUACUCAAACCAAAAAAAGAAAAAGGAAAGCAGAAUAUACCCUUGAAAUGAUAAAGGAAAUUUAUAAUAUAGCUAAAGAAUAUGAAUAUCUUGCAAACAGUGACAACAUUUCAAGUGAGGAGAUGAGCAAUAUAUUUGAUGAUAAAAUUAGUGAAUUUUCGGAAAAAUAUUUAACUGAUAUUGAAACAGCAAAGGUAUUUAUUUUAAUUAAAAAAUAA